AUUUGGGCCAUCCAGGUUGACUCUUUUGAUCAGAGAUCGAGAGUCUUGCUUUUCUUUCGGCUUUGCUUUAACUGCCGUUGAGACUAAUUUUUCAAGGGUAGUAUUAUAGUCCGAAGGUCCUUAGGAAGCAGCCUUUCUACCGUUGGGUAGGGGUACAUCACACCUCCCUCAAACUCCGGCACUCGCCAGGAUUGAGUACCGUUGGUGGUGGUGUUGUAGGCUGACUCUUUUGAUCAAGUUCUAACAACCAGUAAUUUCAGAAUACUUGUCAGCAACUAUAUCAUUGUAUAUUUUAGAUGUAUUUCCAUUCUGUUGAAUUGCAGUUUUGGAUUGAGGUACAAAACUCAACAUUCCUGUUGAUUACUUUUGCUUCUUUUUUUUUUUUUUUUAUAUUAAUCAAGUGUUCCAUGGAAACAAAACUGUAAAACAAACACACAAAAAUGUUAUCCAGGAAAUUAUCUCCAUCAAAACUCAAAACCCUUUUUGCUUUUUUACCAUACAUAACCUAUACAUACACAAAACCUAUAUCUGACAACCCCAAUAUCAUAAACCCUAAACCAAAAAGAUUAAAUCUUUUAAACCCUACUAAAACCCUAACACCCCAAACCCUCAUUUGUAGACCUUUUUCAUCAAACCCAUCUUUAAGAGAUGGAAAUUAUGAUGAAAAAGCCUCGCAAACACUUCAAAUUUGCCCUGGAUGUGGUAUCACAAUGCAAGACUUGGACUCGAAAAAACCCGGGUUUUUUAUAACACCUUCUGUUAAAGAUUCAAAUUAUAAAAUACCCAUUGAUAAAAACCCAUUGGCAGAUGAAACCCAGAUCCCAGAUUCUCUUAAAAAAGGUUUCUUGAUUGAUUUUGAUGAAAAUCUUGAAAGUCAGAAGUUACCUGAAAGGCCGGUUGUUUGUGCUAGGUGUCAUAGUUUAAGGAAUUAUGGGAAGGUUAAGGAUCAAAGUGUCGAAAAUUUGUUGCCAGAUUUCGACUUUGAUCAUACUGUCGGAGGGAGGUUGAGUUCGGUUUCGGGUACUAGGACUGUGGUAGUUAUGGUUGUAGAUGCUGUAGAUUUUGAUGGAUCGUUUCCUAGAAAAGUUGCAGAGUUGAUUUCGAAUACGAUUGAUGACAAUUCUCGAGCUUGGAAAGAAGGAAAAUCAGGGAACUUGCCUAGAGUUGUGUUAGUUGUGACGAAAAUCGAUCUGUUGCCUGCAUCUAUAUCACCAACGGGCUUCGAGCAUUGGGUCAGGACUCGGGCUAGAGAAGGCGGGGCUAAUAAAUUGGCUAAAGUUCAUUUGGUGAGUGCUGUCAAGAAUUGGGGUUUGAAGAAUCUUGCAGAUGAUAUGGUGUCAAUGGCUGGACCACGAGGGCGUGUUUGGGUCAUUGGGGCACAGAAUGCUGGAAAAUCGACACUGAUUAAUGGGUUAGGGAAAUGCGUAGGAGGUAAAGUGAGUGUUUUGACUGAGGCUCCUGUGCCUGGGACUACAUUGGGGAUUGUUCGGGUGGAAGGUGUGUUAUCGGGCCAGGCUAAGUUGUUUGAUACACCAGGGCUGUUGAACCCACAUCAGAUUACUACACGGUUGACUCCUGAAGAACAGAAGUUGGUUAACAUUAGCAAGGAGUUGAAGCCGAGAACUUAUAGGAUAAAAGCUGGCCAUUCUGUUCAUAUUGCUGGUCUCAUGAGGCUUGACAUAGAAGAAUCAUCGGUGGAUUCUAUAUAUGUCACUGUGUGGGCAUCUCCUUAUCUUCCCCUGCAUAUGGGCAAAACAGAGAAGGCAUCAUCAAUGGUGGAAGAUCACUUUGGUAAUCAGUUACAGCCACCAAUAGGAAAGCAACGGGUCGGGGAGCUUGGAAGAUGGGUAAAGAAGGAAUUCAAUGUGCAUGGCAACACGUGGGAGUCUAGUUGUGUUGAUAUUGCUGCAGCUGGUCUUGGUUGGUUUGCCAUUGGACUAAAAGGUGAUGCCAAGCUUGGCGUUUGGACGUAUGAUGGUGUCGGAGUCACCCUUCGCAAUGCUUUGGUCCCUCAAAGAUCACACAAUUUUGAAGUCACUGGGUUUACCAUCUCAAAAAUCGUGUCCAAAGCCGAUAAAUCUAUGAACAAGCAACGCCACAAUGAUAAGAAGAGGAAAAUUGGUGAUUCAGAAACAGAAGUCACUAAUGCUGGACUUAAUAUCUGACUUCAUAUUUUAAGGGUUACCAUCUGAAGAAAAAGUGAUGUCAAUGGCGAGUGGUGUAUUGACAUACAUCCUUGUUUGUAAAGAAAUUCAUGAUCUUAUGAUAAUUUGAAGGAAGCCUUUGUUGAGGUUUAUAGAUUAUUGACCGACUGUAAGGAGAGGUCAGUGGAACCCGUAUAUACUGGUAUGGACCAAAACGAGUCUGAGUUGGAAUGGCUCAAAACAGUUUUAGCCAAAAGUUGUGAACUCUUUUUUAUAUAUAAACUGUACUGUAUACUGUAUUAUACUAUUUCAAUAUAAUCUAGCGAAUAAGGAACACCCAAGGCAUCUUUGUAUCA